AUGACCGAAAAGACCAUCGACACCCUUGGACGUCAUGAUACCGAGAGCAGCACGGAUUCCGAAUCGUGCAAGGUUCAGGAGCGCGAGGGUGGGCGUGCGGCAUGGCUUACGGUUUUCGGCUCCAUACUGGUGUACUAUGCCUCCUUUGGGGUUAUGAACAGCUUCGGUUUCUUCCAGAACUACUAUAGCAGCGACUUCCUGAAAAACACGCCACCAUCGACUAUCGCAUUCAUUGGGACGGUUCAAAUGGCGCUCAUGAACUUACUGGCUGCUCUUUCUGGUGCUCUUUGCGAUCGAUAUGGCGUUCAGAACCUUUACCUUGGCUCAGGCGCUGGUACUGUGCUGGCCCUCAUCAUACUGUCCUUCAUACAUCCUGGACAGUUUUGGUUAGUGCUGAUGACACAAGGCUUGCUGAUGGGUCUUACCAUUGCUUUCGGUGUACAGCCAGCAGUCACGGUAGUUGGUCAGCACUUCAAAGAGCGACGUGCUUUGGCUAUGGGGCUAGUGUCUACAGGAUCGGCCCUGGGCGGCAUCGGCUUCCCGCUAAUGUUCGAUAAGCUCCUGCCGAGAUUGGGCUUCCCAAACUCGCUACGUCUUGCUGCUGUCAAGAUAGCUGUUUGCUACUUGAUCGCUUUGUAUAUCUCUACAAGCAAGCCCAGUGGCAAACCAAGUCGCAAAGGGCUAACUUCGCUUAUCGACUUCAAGGGAUUCGUCGAUACACGCUAUGCUGUACUAUGCGUUGGAACGUGGUUUGCUAUACUGGGCCUUUGGAUCCCCGCGUACUAUCUCAAGCCAUACGCAAACACGGUAUACCCCGGUAACAAAGUUAGCGACUACUUCUUGUGCAUGCUGAACGGCUCCAGCAUCAUCGGCGCAACUUUGGGAGGCUUCAUCGGAGAUCGAAUCGGUAGACUGAAUCUACUCUGGCCCAUUACCCUCGUCUCUGGUUGCCUUUGUCUCUUCCUUUGGCUACUUGGCAACUCCAUGGCUACUCUGAUUUUCUUCGUCUGCGUAUACGGCUUCUUGACCAGCAAUGUUACCGCUCUUCCGCCCUCCAUAAUUGGCGACCUCACACCCAAUGACAAGUUAGGUGCGCGCAUCGGAGCUUUCUACAGCGUCAUUGCUAUAGCUAGUCUUGUCGGUACACCGAUUGGCGGUGCACUCAUCACAAAUCAUGACACUAAGGACGGGUAUAGAUGGUUGAUAGUAUUUUCGGGUGCCGCUCUCCUCAUCGGAUCGGCUUUCAUGUUCAUCAGCCGGCUGUUUCAUGACAAAGUCCUACUCAGCAAGUUGUAG